UGCGGUGCAGUGGUGGACACAGAGACAGAGAAGGAUACGCGUCUACACAAACGCACACGGACACUACCAGCUUGCAUAGACAACUGUUUGCCCGUGGCACAUUGCUGUCCAGUUGAGUUUUUCUCUAUUCGACUCUCAUGUCAAUGGACAGCAGUGAGAUCACCUGCGGCGGCAGCGAUGAUGGUCACGAGAUGAACCCUUUUGCAUCUUUCGCAUUUGGGGGCGGGGCAAGAGAACCACCAACACUAGCCGCUCGGCCUCCCGGGGCUAAGAGGAAGAAGAUUAAGGCCUGUGUGGCAACAUCGACAACCGUCGCUCGGGUGGGCGAAAAGCCGGAGAAGAAGGGUUGCAAGGCCGAGGCUGUCGGCGAGUUGAGCCCGGAGGAGCUGAGAGUGUUCCGGAAGCGUUGGCGCGGCAUGGCCGACAGGUAG